AUGGACGAGAUGGAAGAGGAGCUGAAAUGCCCCGUGUGCGGCUCCUUCUACCGGGAGCCGCUCAUCCUGCCCUGCUCGCACAACCUCUGCCAGGCCUGCGCCCGCAACAUCCUGGUGCAGACGCCCGAGGCCGAGUCCCCGCAGAGCCGCCGGGCCUCGGGCGUCUCCGACUACGACUACCUGGACCUGGACAAGAUGAGCCUGUACAGCGAGGCGGACAGCGGCUACGGCUCCUACGGCGGCUUCGCCAGCGCGCCCACCACCCCGUGCCAGAAAUCCCCCAACGGGGUGCGGGUCUUCCCCCCGGCCGCGCCGCCGCCGCCCCACCUGCCCCCGGCCGGCCUGGCCCCCGUGCCCCGCAACGCCUGCCUCACCUGCCCGCAGUGCCACCGCAGCCUCCUCCUGGACGAGCGGGGGCUGCGCGGCUUCCCCAAGAACCGGGUGCUGGAGGGGGUGAUCGACCGCUACCAGCAGAGCAAGGCGGCGGCGCUGCGCUGCCAGCUGUGCGAGAAGGCGCCCAAGGAGGCCACGGUGAUGUGCGAGCAGUGCGACGUCUUCUACUGCGAGCCCUGCCGCCUGCGCUGCCACCCGCCCCGGGGCCCGCUGGCCAAACACCGCCUGGUGCCGCCGGCCCAGGGCCGGGUGAGCCGCCGGCUCAGCCCCCGCAAGAUCUCCACCUGCACGGACCACGAGCUGGAGAACCACAGCAUGUACUGCGUGCAGUGCAAGGUGCCCGUCUGCUACCAGUGCCUGGAGGAGGGCAAGCACUCCAGCCACGAGGUCAAGGCCCUGGGCGCCAUGUGGAAGCUGCACAAG